AUGAAUGCCCAAAGCCUCAUAUCGAAAUUAGACGAACUAAAACUUUGCCUUGCCGAGCUGUCUCCAGAUGUUUUAGCAGUAACUGAGACCUGGCUGUCCGGGAAUAUUAGCGAUAACGAAGUAGCCUUGCCUGAAUACCAAAUUUAUCGGAGGGACAGGGAACAUCGUCAGGGUGGUGGUGUCGUUGUGUAUGUGAAUGACGGUCUGGCAGUGUCGGAUAACACAACCAAGUAUGCGUGCAGUAAGGAAGCUGUCUGGUUGACCAUCAAGGCUACCGGUUCCCCGUGUCUCGAUAUCCUCACUGUCUACCGACCACCUAGGACAGACCGAAUCGCCGACACUCAACUAUUGGAGCAGUUGGAGAAAUUUUCCAGUCGACCUAACAUCAUGAUCAUGGGCGACUUCAACGCACCAGGAACAAACUGGAAUACCCUCCAAGCGUCAGGUCCAAAAUCGGCAUUCGAUUACCGCCUGUUGAGCAAAACAUUAAGUGCGUGCCUCACACAACAUGUAAUGUCCCCAACGAGAACACGUGAAGGGCAAAGGGCAAACUGCCUGGAUCUGGUCUUUACGAAAACACCAGACAGCAUAGACGAGAUCGCCUCCAUGCCGCCCCUUGGCCGAAGUGAUCACGUAGUGCUCAUGUGGGAUUAUUCGUUAUUCUCCAUUUCACAUACUCCAGACCACAAAAGGUGUAAUGUUUGGUGGGGCGACUUCAAUCAGAUGAGGGCAGACUUAUCCGGUCUUGACUGGGGCUCUUUGUUUACGGGAAGUGCCAACGAUGACUGGGAGCUGUUCAAGAAUGUCCUUCUGCAGCUCAUCAACAACCACUGCCCACUGACUAGUGUAAGACUGAACAAACGCCCUGGGUGGCUAAAUAGCAACCUCAAGAAAGAAAUAAACAGGAAGCACAAAUUGUGGAGAAAAUACUGCGUCACUAGACAAGCUGAAUGCUUCAACACCUACAAGACACAGAGGAACAAACUGAGGAAGCUGAUAAUGCAGACGCGGCGGGAAUUCGAGAAGAACUUGUUACAAAAAGCAACGUAGAACCCAAAAUUGCUCUACAGCUACCUCCGACGAACUACAAGGAACAGGCAUCAAAUCCCUUGAUAAAGACUACUGAUGGCGUUGAGAUCGCUGAUAGUAGGGAUAAAGCUGCGUAUUUUUCCAACCAGUCUACACAAACGAGGCAAGGUUCCUUCCUCCCUCCACAGAAGAACUGCCGACUCCAAGCGUCAGUGAUAUACUCUUCUCAGAAGGCAUUGUCCGAAGAGAAUUAGAGGCAUUGAACGAAUCGAAGUCGCCAGGACCAGACGAGAUUCCACCCAAGCUUCUGAAGGAACUUGCCAGUGAGCUCUCUGUGCCUUUGUCGAUGCUCUUUCAAACGUCAUUUGACACUGGAACACUUCCUGUCGAUUGGAAGCUGGCGCAUAUUACUCCGCUACACAAAGGAGGUAACAGGGCAGCGACGACAAAUUACAGGCCCAUAAGCUUGACAUGCAUUCUCUGCAAAGUUAUGGAAAGGAUCAUAAAGACUGAACUGAUGCAAUUCCUGGAAGUUCACGGCCUGCUAUCGAAAUGCCAACAUGGGUUCCGAAAAGGAAGAUCCUGCACGACAAACCUGCUGCAAUCUCUCCAGAGCUGGACCCGAGCUCUCGACGACAGGCACGAGGUCCACAUAGCCUUCAUCGACUUCCAGAAGGCUUUCGACACUGUGCCACACCAAAGGCUCUUACAUAAGCUGAAAAAAAUAGGGAUCGCUGGCAACUUCCUUAAAUGGAUCGAAAACUUCCUUGUGGGUCGACACCAGGUUGUGUGCGUCGGUCGGGGAAAAUCAGAUCCGGCUAUGGUCGAUAGUGGUGUCCCCGAGGGUUCAGUUCUGGGACCCACUUUGUUCCUUAUCUACGUGGACGAUGCCGCAAGAGAUUUAGACUGUGAAGUAGUAAUGUUUGCGGAUGACAUGAACAUAUGGAGUGUAAUUCGGGGUUCUGCCGAUGAAGACAGACUGCAGAUGAACCUGAAUAGGUUGGAGGAGUGGUCAAACCGUUGGCUCCUGCGGUUCAACGUUGCCAAAUGUAGCAUACUGCGCCUAGGCAACACAGCCAGAUCCGCCAGCACAAGAGGCUACUUUCUGGGCGGUGCAGCCCUACAAGAGGUCGAAGCCCAAAGGGACCUCGGUGUGCUUACGACGAGUUCCCUAAAACCAUCCGCCCACUGUUCGAGGGUGGCAAAAAGCGCAAUGUCCGUACUGUACGCCAUCAAGCGUGCGUUUAUGGACUUUGACGAAGAAGCUUUCUCUAAGACAUUCGGAACAUUCGUCCGGCCGCAUUUAGAGUACGGCAUACAAGCUUGGAGGCCGUGGGCUGUUUUGGAUCAAAACUGCCUCGAAAGAGUCCAGAGGAGAGCCACGAAGAUGGUAAGUGGUCAAAGCUCCUUUCCUUAUGCAACCCGCCUAGUAAAUCUGCACCUCUUUCCUUUGAGUUACAGGCAACUUCGCGGAGAUCUCUUGCAAGCCUUCCGCAUUGUUAAGGAGUUGGAUUGCAGUCUGGCCUUCGAGGACUUUUUUGAAUUUGCUACCACGACCAACCUCCGAGGUCACCCGUUAAAACUGCGCACUCAACAGGUACGGCUGGAUGUGCGGAAGUUCUCCUUCUCCGUUCGGGUGGUCAAACCAUGGAAUGAGCUUCCCGCAGAUGUUGUGAUGUCACCAUCUAUACAAAGUUUUAAGAAGAAUCUGGACAUAUUUAUGUUCCGAAAUGACCAAGAGCGAUGA